AUGUCAUUAUUCAAAGACGAGACAUACUCCGUACGGAGUAUACAUAUGCAGGUGCAUCUCGUCCCGUCUUCCCCGGCCGGGUCCAACCCCAGCCUCAACCCAAACAAACUACGUUCGUUCGUUCGUUGGACUUGUCCGAGAGUGGCAUGGCUUGUGCGGAUGGACCGUGGCUUUGGGUCUGGGCUAGUAGGAAAUAUGAAAAAGAAAAGAAAAUACUUCCUGUGGAAGAUUCUAGUAAUGUAUUUUAUACUGCCUUUCGAUCUAAUAAAUAACAUGGAUUAUGCUAUAAAGAUAUUCAAUCCCCCUGCCUGCCACCCUGAUGACCCCUUUUUUCCCGUGUAA